AUGACCUGCCGAAUUUCGCUUGCUACCCAGUUUUCUGGGAACUACAGCAAACUCAAGAGAACCAUCAAGCAAGUCCUGAACCAGAGACAAGUCGGACAUAUCCUGCAGACAACGCAGGUCGGCGACGGCCAGAAACACACCUCCCUGUUUAUGGAAGGGGAAGAAACAGCCCUCUACGCAGUCAAAGCAGAGCUUGUUUCCCAUUUGCAGUCUGUUUUCCCUGAUAUUGCCAUUCGGGAAUGGCAAGAACUGGCUUCGGACUUCCCUAUCGAAGGUUCACACGUUGCUCCCACCCCUGGCUGUCUUUCAAGGGAAUCCUCAGGCUUUGUGGAGGAACUGGCAGAGUGUUCGAAUGCCCAACUGCCGAGGCCGUCGAACUGGAAGGAGUACUUCGAUUCCGGCUUUAUCCAGGUGGUCACUGCCAUUCAGAAUGGUCGUCAAGUUGCCUACGAAAUCCAGAGUUCUCUCGGAAGCAUCAAUGAGAAAUUUGUUCAUAUCACUUACAAAUCAAAAACUGCCCAUAUGAAUAUCGGUGCCUGCAUUUCGUGGUCCCAGGUCAAGCAGGUCAUCGAGAAAUGCCAACUUCUCGACAUCAAGAAACCAAUCGCAGGGAUUUAUUCACUUGUAGACGGAAAGAAGAGCUAUGAGUCGGACCGUUUUGGACUCAAGGCUGAAGGUCACUACUACAUUGAAACCGAGGACGACCUUGCCCCUCCUAAAUUCACCACAAUGGAGGAGUUUUUUGGAAGGCUGAAGACGGAGGAAGACCUGGAUGAUGAAGAAAUUGAUAUUAUCAAGGACUGUUUCACAAAGCAAAAACUCAAAAUCAAGCAGCUUAUGGCAACGGGCGACUUGGCUAUGACUGACGAGAAGCUCAAAGAAAUUGGAAUCUCUCAAUUGGGUUUACGAACAGCAAUUCUUGCAGUCAUAAAAAGCAAUCAAUAA